AUGAAUUCUUGUGUCCGUACUGUGUUUACUUCCGUCAAUAUUUCUAACGGUGCUCAGAGGAGACAAGAAACAGAAGUCAAGACGGAGGAUACAACAAAGGAGCCAUUUGAGGUAAAAUGCCUUUCUUGGGCCAAGACUGGAGGUCACCAGGAUGGAGCUGGACAAAGACUGAGAACGGCUGGAAAAGGAUUGUCUUCUAUGGGCACGAGUUAGAAGAUAACAACAGAGACAUAGAGUUGACAGAGCUCUGCAGUGACAACAAAGAGAAUCUGUUUGUCGAAGAUGUGUGUGAGCUUGCCACCACAAAGAGGAAAAAGGAUUUCUACAACAACAACACCAAAUCACAGUUUGUUUUUAGGGACAAAUGGAUCUACGUGCAGAAAGGUAGCACAAAAGAGCGCCAUGGAUACUGCACACUUGGUGAAGCGCUUAACCGUCUAGACUUUUCUAGUGCCAUUCAGGACCUGAGGAGAUUCAACUAUGUGGCAAAACUUUUCCAGCUAAUAGCUCGGUCCGAGCUGACCUCUCUGAGUGGAGCUGCUCAGAAAAACUAUUUCAACAUUCUGGAGAAGAUAGUUCGGAAGGUUCUCGAGGACCACUACAACCCACGCCUUGUCAAGGAACUACUAAAGGACCUUAGCUCCACCUUGCACAGUCUGACUAUUCACGUUGGCAGGUGUGUCCUUGUGGGCAAUGUCAACAUCUGGCUGUGCAGACUGGAGACUAUUCUCAAGUGGCAGCAACAGCUCAACAACCUGCAGAUCCCAGAGCAAAUGUGUGAUGGCUUGUCAUUCAGCGAUUUACCCCUACACAUGCAGAACAAAAUCCUCUGCAAGUUAUCUGAUGCCUAUGACAUCAUUAACCUGGGACAAGCCACGCCCACUCUACGUUGCCUCAGUGAGAACAAGGUGCUGUGGAAGAAACUGUGUUACUUCCACUUCUCAGACAAACAGUUUUGUAGGAAUUUGGUCCUCUCAAAGAGCAACAUGGUGGACUGGAAGCUAAUGUACUUUACCCUGCAAAAACACUAUCCAAUGAAGGAGCAGUACGGCGACACAUUGCACUUCUGCAAACACUGUAGCAUCCUCUUCUGGAAGGAUCGCCACCUGACUUUGUUAUUCAAGGACUGUGGCCAUCCGUGCACAGCCAACGAUCCAGACAGCUGCCUCAUGCCAAUCUCUCCGCAGCACUUUAUCGACCUCUUUCAGUUCUGAAACUUCUUUGUUACUCUUCAAGCGAAGCCUCCGUUUACCUUCACUCCUGACUUUGAGAGUGUGUACGAGACCUUGAUGUCAUUCUAAGUAUUAAGGGCUUGAAUUGAAAAGAUGACUUUUUGUAUGUCUUCAUUCCUUACGCACAAACGUUUUGAUGGUUUUCUGUACAUGUUUAAUGGUUUAAAGAAUGUGAAUGAUGGAUUCAAUAUAAAAGGAAAGUAUAUGUUUUCCUGCUUGUGUUCUUGCAGUAAAAAAGAUUUUCCGAACAGAGGAAAGAAAAAACAUGUACGUGAUUAUGUGAAAAAUUUCUACGUGAAAGCUGUUGUAGAAUGUUUAUAAUAGGAAAGUGCUGUUAUGUAAUGUUUAAGAGUUUUUUUUACAGAUACAAGUUUGGAAGAAAAAAAGACCAAUGUGUUAAAGAUUUAUUUAAUGGGGUUACAACUAUCCUGCUCUGUUUACUUAUGGUGUUUUUUUCCUGCAAUAACUGAACGCAUGUCCUGUUACAGUCCCUGUUUACAUGAUUAUAUGUUGUCCUCUGUGUAUUCUUGUUGUGCUCUGUGUACAUUGAAGUAUUACCAUUGAAAAAAUAAUGUAAAGCUCCUUUAGCCAUACAUGUUUUUACAGUUGAUCUUUGUCAGAUCAGUCAAAUGACUGAAAGAGGAGAAAAGGGGAAAUGGAAAGUGUGGAAGAAGAAAGUUUUGUAUCCUUCCUCCAUUUUUGUAACGCUCCUUUGCUGUCCCAAUACUAUUGAUGGUACUAUAAUGACUUUUAUGAGACAUAACUAGUUAUACAAGAAUUAAAUCUUUCUAAAGA